UUGAACGGGCAGUCGCCAGUUGCGAGGGAGCUUCGGUCGAGGUUGGACGCGUCGUCGUAGAUAGGGACUUGUAUACUUGGGGAGAGGAGGAGAAACGUAGCUGUAGUUGGUUAUAGUUUGAAGGCGAGAAAGCGAGUGUGAAUGUGACUAGUUUGUAAUAUUGUCGUCGUCACUACUAUUAUCAACCUCGUUCAUUCUACGAAAACGAUUAGAAGUCGCAUUUUAGUGUCCGCACAAUAAAACCACAAAACGGAGAAUCCAGUUCGAAUAUAGCUGAAAAGGGAACGCACCAGAGGUUUCGUCUUUUUGCAAAAGGAUAAGCUUUGGUUUCGAACAAAACGACCAACAUUGAUAUCGACAGAACACAACAGGGAAUCACGAAGCAAUCGCAUCCCAUCAACAAUACGCAUAAUACGCCGAUGUGAAGAAAAUUUUCGAACGAAGAAGCGAACCAUGAAGGAAGAGAUUUUAGCUGCUGUCAUGUUCUUAAUCCGUUUCAUCGAGAAAAGUGAAACAUUCCCCAGUGAUCAGUUAGAGAAUUUCAAACAUCAUUUAACUGCACUUCUCACACAAAGGUUUGAGAAGCACUGGUUUCCAGAGGUUCCGGCAAAAGGCCAGGGCUACCGCUGCAUCCGAGUGAACGGAUUGACACCUGUCGAUUUGACACUGGAGCAGGCGGCCAGCAAAUGCGGCCUCAAGUAUAGAGACCUACGUCUCCCAGCUGAACUCACCGUCUGGGUGGAUCCUAGCGAAGUCUGCUAUCGGCUAGGCGAGUCUGAAGGCUCGUACUGUACUUUAGCGACUUUCCCCUCGGAGUCCUCAUCGGAAUGCUCGAGUCCAUCUCCGUCGCCACCGACUACGCCCUUACAGGACAAAUCGAGGCGGGUCAGGCAGCUGCGACCGCUCACACACCAUUUAACGAUACCAUUAACACCGACAAUGGACACGCCCAAACACCACCGUUACCAUCAUAGUAACAACGCACCUGUCACACCUCUUAGAAUUAAGCCAGUAUCUAGAGAAUUGAGUUUUAAUAUGCACCACCAGAACAGGCCGCCAUGGCGUUGCGAGGGUCCCCCGUUCCCAGUUCCCCAGGCCAUUUAUAGGAACAUGACUUACAACAACACGAGACACUACAAAAACAUUCUGAGGGUGUAGGCGUGGUUUGUGCGAACGGAGCCCUGCCCAUCGCCUCCCGAGCACCGCCUACUACCGCGCUACUACUACUAAAACGAUGAAGAUGGUGAAGUUUUUUGGAUGAAAAAAAAAGGAAACACACAUAUAACAAACAAACAAGCAAGCAAACACUAGGAUUAACGGUAGAUGUUGUUAUUACUUACUCGUAAACAUUAUUACGUACUUGUCAUUUCUCAACUCUCCAACUCAAUCUUUCUCUCUUUCUUUUUCUCAUUCUCUCACUAUCUUAUCAACUAUAUUUUUUUAUUAAUAUUAAAAAAGCUACAAAACAAGAGUAUAAGAUUUAUAUCAUUUAAAGAGAAAGGGAAGGAUGUCGUUUCUUUUUCGAAAGAAGAAAAACAACUGAAUCAAAGAAAUUACGAAUUUAUUACUUAAAUAUUUUGGGGCUUACUCUGGGGGUUUAAUGUUUUUAAGAUUAAAUCGCAAAAAUAUAAACAAAGAAAAAAACCAAUUAUAUGAAAAAUAAUUACCAAAAUAACAAAUUUGUGCAAAUUUUCGGGUGCCUUUAUUCAAAAGAAAUUAUAAGUAAAAAGAAAUGAAGAAAUACACAGGAGUGAAUAGUCAAUUUAGCCUAAGGUCUUUUUCUAAAAAUAACAAAUCCCUAAAAUAUUUAUCAUAUAUACAAAAGAAAAGCCAAAAAAGAGAUGAAGAAAUUGAAGAGUAUACAGAAUAUAAUUUUAAAAAGAUUUAUCUCAAACUAUAAGCGAUACGUCUCCACUCGUAGUUAUUUACCUCUCCACACUGUAUCGUUUUUAUAAUAUUAUUUUUUUGCUAGAUGUUUAUAAAUAAUUGUUAAUUAAUUAAUUUAUAUAUGAUUAAUUAUUAUUAUUUUUUGUUGAACUGUGAUAAAUAAUAAUCAUGUCAUGACAAACAAAGGAUGUGGCCAUUAUUGCUGUAACAAAAAAAACAUACAUAGAAGUUCCUCAUGUCGUACUACUAUUGGUCGGGGCGUGUUAGGCACGCCUUGCCGAUGUCUAGUCCUCCCCGUCUCACACUUAUUUGCGCCAAUAACAGAAGAAACAAACAAAAAUAAUCCAACCUCAGUUGAGAUACAGGAUGGGGCAUGGGCGAGCGCGCUUCUAGUUCAUCGCAAAUGGAAGACAAUUUCAAGAAGAUAAUGUACAAAUAUUUUCAUUUUGCCUACGAUUGAAGAGCGCUAGUCAAUGCCACAGAAAAGAAUAUUUACUUAGCUUUAAAUUUCGUUUUUUUUUUUAAAUUAUCUACUUAACGGAUUAAUUAAGGAAAUGCUUUCAUUGUGAUUUAAGUGACUGAACUGAAUUAUUAUUGUAUAAAUGCCAAAAAAAUGAAAUGAUACGAAACAUAAUUGAAUUGAGAGUAAACAACAAAAAAAUAUAUAUUUGUAAUAAUAGUAAUGAUUGUUUUCUCGCGAUACUCCCCAUCUGUAAAUAUGAAUUAAUUUAAUUGUUACGAUUGCUUAUAGUUUGACAAUAAUUGUUUUAAGUACAAAGAGAAUUUCGUAAGUGAAAUAAGAGAAGAAGAAAAAAAACUAUGAAAUGAACGUGCAGAAAAAUCAGUAUUGUGUGAUUUUCUCUUAUUUUUUUGUUGUUGUUUUGUUAUAGUUGUAUGUACGGAAUGUGGCUUGAUUUUUGUUUGGAGGCGCGUCGAAUUUACCACCGCCCAGUUUUAAUUUUCUUUUGUUCGCAAAUAAAUUCGACGCCGCCCCCCCUAAAAAAGCGCUGCUCUCCGAGUCCGAUGUAUGUUUAGAUUUAACGUUCUGCGAGUACGUGUAUCAUCUAUCGUUAAUUGUUGAAUUGAUGUUGUUCAGAGCACCCUUUCGAGUGGUUACUUUGACGCCUUUCCUUUUUUUAUUAUUAACUAACUAUCGUCCGCGCUUUCCCGCCCUCGUCGUGUUUUUUAAUUUACUUUAUUUUGUUCAUAUACAUACAUAUGUAAUUAUUAAUUAUUUUUUUACGCGUAGUUUUGCUUUAAUUGUAAUUACUUUUCUUCCCUAGUUAAUUUUCGUUUUAAAUUAAUUUUCUCCUUUCCGCUUAAGAAAUCUUAUGUUUUAAUCGAGUUUGCGUUUAGUUGGUAAUGAUUUUUUUCUUUCAAGGUUUUACAUACAAAGAAAAGGAAAGUAAGCUUUGUUUAAUUCCGGUUGUUAUUUUGUUCUUUGAAAUUUCGCGCUGAUUACAUAUUAUUUUCGAUUGCCUUUUUCGGAAUGGAAUUUCAUUCUAAAGAUAUUUCCAAAUUUAAUAUGUAUAAUAAGUGGUCCACACUAUUAUGACAAAUUCGUUACGUGCCCCUGAUACACCUCCCACUUUUUGUAUACGUUUUAUUAAGUUA